GAACCAUUGACACAGACCCUCUCCGUACCGGUAAAACGGUCGGAUUGUAAAUACCUAACACCAUCAUGCAAACGUUAACUUGGUGACAGUGCUGUCCAACUUUGGCGGCCCCUCCGAGUUCUCUUGAAAUUGAGCAGAACCUCGUGAGAAGUUUUAUGGGCGCCUGUGAGCAGAGGGAGGAGCAAAUUUAUCAGUGCAUCUGGAGUCAGGGAGGAACGAAGGAGGAGGGGAGUGCACGAAGUGGCACAAAGAUCUGAAUGGCCAAAGGAGCCUCCUGAAGUUUGAACUCAGUUGGUUGACGGCGGCGAGCUGCACUCCCCAUCAUGGCUCAGAUCAGGAUGCACCUACAAGAUCAACUCCGCUGCACAGGUGUCAGCGCUUGGUGGGAUGCAACAUGUGGGCCUGGUGCUGUGCCCAGCCAGAACCUGGCACGUCAACGUUGUCCCACUCUAUUCACGCGAAAGCCUUUGUUGAAAGCUCAGGUGUCACACAAUGGCAUGCGCACACCUGCGCCGUCCUGUCCAAAAUACAGGUCAAGUGGUCGCUUCCUGAAAGGAUUGCCCCUCUCUGGGCGGUGCUUGGGGAACCUUCCUAGAAAGAAAAGUGCUAAAAGGACGAACACAACAGUCAGAGCAGCUCUUGCGGAGAGGCCGCCGAAACUUGAACGCAAGAGCGCAGAAGAUGGGAAGGUGCCUUACAACUGGCAGACUGAAUGGUAUCCCGUGUACAUUACGGAGCAGAUGCCGAAGGAUCGGCCGAUGGCGUUCACCCUGUUUGACACCCCCCUGGUCCUCUUCUAUGAUGGCACAGGAAAGCUGAGCUGUGUGGAAGAUAGGUGCCCCCACAGAGCAGCGAAGCUGUCAGAAGGGCAGAUCAUUGACGGGAAACUGGAGUGCCUCUACCAUGGGUGGCAAUUUGAGGGGGAUGGCAGUUGUUCAAAGAUCCCUCAGCUCACAGACGGGGCUGCCAUCCCUCGGGCUGCCUGCGUGAGGACUUACACAGUCAGAGACCGGCAAGGGGUGGUCUGGGUUUGGAUGGGAAAGGAGUCAGAGGCGGACGAGUCAAAGCUGCCCUACUGGAACGAUCUCGACAUGGAGGGCUUCAGAGUUGACUCGCACAUCCAUGACCUACCCUACGACAGCGGGAUUCUGCUUGAAAACCUCAUGGACCCCGCACACAUCCCCAUCUCUCACGACAAGACGGACCCCAAUGGCCGCCGAGAGGACGCGCAAGCGCUUUGGUUCGACGUGACAGAGCGGACCGAUCGUGGAUUUGCCGGCGGAUUUGGGAUGACCAAGCCCCGGGCGGACGGCACGGUGCCCGGGUUUACGGGCCGCUUCGUGGCCCCCUGCGUGUUCAACAGCCGGCGCGAGUGGGUGGAUAAGAAAGGCAACAAGGUCGUCUCGCUCGCGCUCAUUCUGUGCCCCCCGACCGGGCAGGGAAAGUCGCGCUUGAUCAUCCGGUUUGGCAGCACGUUGAAAAUGCCCCCCAUCCCGAAGUUCUUCAUCCACAGCAUCGGGUGCAAGGUGUUCGAGCAGGACAUGGGCCUGCUGUCGUCCCAGAACGAGCUUCUGGUCAAGGCUAACCAGGGGGUCAAGGACUUGUACCUGCCGCUUAAGUCGUCGGACGGCUGGGUCAUCGAGUACCGCAAGUGGCUCGACAAGGUGGGUCACGGGAUGCCGUACUACACGGGCUACUCCACCUUCUCCCCGCCUCGCGCCCCGGCCGUGGUGGACCAAGCCCCGGUUGGUUCGGUCGCCGCGAUCGCCGCAAACAACCCCGCGUUCGGGUCGCUCGGCGCCCAGUACGCGCUCGACCCGACCAACCGGUACAUCCGCCACGUGGUCCACUGCAAGGACUGUCGGAAGUCGCUGAAAACCGCGCAGACUCUGCGGAGCGCCGCGUUGGUGCUCGCGGCGAUCUCGGGGUUAGCGGGGAUCGCGGCCGCGCAGAAGAGCGCGCGCAUUUGGGGCGCGGCGGGGGCGGGGGCGUGUUUGCUGGUUGCGUGGGGGGCCGCCAAGGUGGCGGAAUUGCUGACGACUAACUUCGUGCGGGAUCACCGCAAGCUUUGACUUGUGAGGGAGCGAGUUGGCGCGGCCGCAAUUGGUGGGUUGGGUUCGUCCCGCGACUGGCGAGAGAUCGGGAUUGGCUUGACGGAUUCUUUGUCGCCUAGACUGUGUAUACUACUUACGGGAUCACGGGUUUUGAGUGCUCUGUUUGUUAGCAGUAUUCGCUUCAUCAUGUAGUGAAUGUAUCAAAGGGACGGCACGUCUGCUACAUUCCUAGCAUGAUUCCGCAGCUGGUUGUGCUUCGGGUUUGCCGGGGGGCAUACUACACCGCGACACUUUGGAAGAGCUUCAUUGACUCUGGAUACAGAUUCUGGGCCCCUUUCGCGGUUUGAGUGCUACUGUGUGAUAGUUAACAUUUGUGUACAGUAGCCAGUAGAAAAUCCAGCUGCUGAUUGGUGGGAUUGAUAUGAGCCUUGAGGACACGCACUGCACGCUAUUGAUUGGACGGGGAACGAUCAUCUCCGAGAGGCUCUAGAGUGACUUACCUGUAGAAAGUCUGGUUGUGAAAUCAUUCCGGCAAAGAUCGCAUACCUUAUUAGAUUUUCUAGAUGUACAGGAAUUGAUAGGAACAGUUGGACAGUCCGCUUUUCAAAGCACUUUGCACAACUCAUUCUGGCAAAUUCAUUGCUUGUCAAUUGCUUGUACUUGC